GUUUGUGGACGCCGAAGCUGUGCUAACUUCUAAGAAUACCUAAGGUUAGGUAACAGCGACAGACGACAAAUCGACAACUUGGCUUAUUGAAUCUUUGAAUUGUUUGAACAACAAACAUCAAGAGACAAACGACACGAAUUGCAUGAAUAAACUAACGAUUAAUUCAACACCACACCGAAACCAUACUUACGAUACUGGAAACGUUUGAUAUAUGAAUAAGUCUAUGACCAAUUUCUUUUUCGAUAUUAACGUAAAGCGCAUCGGGCGCAUUUUUCUUUUUUUCAACUGAGGGGGGAAAAAACAGGGUUCCCAUCAUACCUUUUUACUUAUUAGCCGUUAACUUAUCUUGGUAUUCUUGAAAUCACCAUGCGCUUCUUAUUCUCCUCGGGAUCGACGUCUAUAUCUCCGGCGCUACUACUGCCGCUCUCCUUCCUCUACCUCACUUCUUCCCUGCUCGUUGUCGCCUCCACCGAUGCCGAUAAGACGACGACCUCGACCGCGUGCACGGCCUCCUCGACGUCGGGAGCCUUCUUCGACCUGCGGCCGGAUAUGGCGCUGAAGAAGAACCCGGAUGGGUCGAAGCCGUCGCACAGCAACGGGGCGCCGCUGGCGGACUACCACGCCAAGGGCUACGACUACGGCUUCAACUUCACCCUGAAUAUCUGCGCCUCCGUCGUCGAGCCCGUCGACGAGGUCGUCGGCGUCGAGCCCAGCCUCUGGAAGAACGUCAGCGCCUACUACACCUCCAAGGGCGACGUGUACAGCCUCGGCCUCGAGUCCGGCGCGCUGGUAUCGCGGGGCAAGGAGCUGGUGCUGCAGUAUACGGGGGGUUCGCCGUGCGGGAAGAAGGUCAAGAGGCAAGCGGAAGCGGAAGCGGAUUUGGACUUGGAGCGUACGAGUCUUGCCGAGCGCGAAGAGAAGAAGGACAACGGGGCUACUAUACCGGCCCCUACAAAAACAGCCGUCGCAACUAAGACCCAGAAAUUGUCCAAGGAGACGGACGAGCCGAAGCGGCGGAAAUCCACGACCAUCUUCUUUAGCUGCGACCGGGACGCGGGCGCGGGCGCGGCCCAGGUGUCCUUCAUCGCGACGGACCCGGAGGAGUGCUCGUACGUGUUCAAGGUGAAGUCACAGCACGCGUGCGCGGGCGUCGAGCCGCACCAGCCCGGCAGCGUGGGGCCCGGCUCCAUCUUCCUCAUCAUCUUCGCCAUCGCCGUCCUUGUCUACCUGCUCGGCGGCAUAUUCUACCAGCGCACGGUCGCCCACGCCCGCGGAUGGAAGCAGCUGCCUAACUACUCGCUCUGGGCCAGCGUCUGGAGUUUCUUAUGCGAUCUCUUCGUCAUGGUCACCUCCUCUUGCGCGCGGUUCCUGCCGAAUCGGAGAGGGUACCGGCAUAUAUCGGGAUCGCCAUCCGGAAGGGGUCGAAGUAACCGCGAGGACGAAAACCGGUUGAUCGACCAAUACGACGAGGAGUGGGAGGAUUGAAAUGGGAAUAUUUUUUUUCUUUUCUAAAAAAGAGGUUUGACUACCUAUUCUUAGCUUUUCUAGUUUUUUGUUCGUUUUAUUUUGCAUGUCAUCACUAGACGUUUGAGCCGAGAUGUUGCUCUGGCCGUACUAUUAGAACUAGACGUUCAGAUAUAAAUCGUAUGGUGCAAGUCUGAGCAUUUCUUAACUUUUCUUUCUUCACCUUUUUCUUCAUUAUUCUACGGAAAUAAGUACUACACGUGUAUUGCGUGUAGUUUUUUUAGCAUGUAUUUGUAUUGUACAAUACAACUAGGUUAGGUCUACUGCAGCUGAGCGGCGCAGUUUGUAUGUCUUGGGAAGCUGGUAAUUUUUAGCAUGUUUCAACGUUUCAAGACUGGGAAGCUGAACCGCCUAGUAGAAGACGAAAAAAAAAGUACAUAGGAAGUACCUAAAAGCUGAGUGUUCUUAUUAGUCAAUUUCUAUUUAAGAUUCUUUUUCAUAUUUCGGCAUGCAAAUGAAGUGUGAAGAGUCGAAAUGAUAAUACAGGUACCUAAGAUAUUAAAUCCAUAACUAUUAGGAG